GCCGAGGCCGCGAUAACUCACUUUCACUUUCGGGGCUCGUCUUGAAAUCCACCUCCUCUCUUUCACCCCUAAUCUUCACACACACACAUACACACACACACACCCCUGUAGUCGGGAGAAACGGGGGAAAUCCAAGAUGCGCGCCACGGCCUGGAAGCUGAUGGCAUCGGCGGCGCAGCCGCGGGGGCCACUCCGACCCCUGCCGGCGGCGCUGCUGCCGCCGAUCCCGCUGUACAGGCGCCUUCUGCGGGCGCACCGGCGGUUCCUGCCGACGGAGAUGAGGCUCCUGGGCGACGAGUACGUCAAGGCCGAGUUCAGGGCCCACCAGGACGUCGACAACCCGGCCCACAUGAUUGGGUUCUUGACUGAAUGGCAGCUUUAUGCCCAGAAGAUCGAGGGUGAUUCGUGGGUCGGAGAGAAGCUUGAUCCUGCCAAGAUCGAGAAGAUGAGUGACGAGCAACUGGCUCAGUUGUAUGAGCUGAUGCGCGCGAUACGAAACCGGGAUGAGAGCGGCGGUGCGGAGUGAAUUGUAAAUGCACCUCCAGGGGAGAAAGGUUGGAGAAGGCCUCCCUCUAACAUCCAUCACAAUGUUUUGGGGCAUCUAAAUAUUGCAUACUAUGCUCUGAUGUAGCCUCAAUGCCGGGAGAUCGACUUGUUGGCUGUCCGCCAAUGGACUAAUAAUAUGUACAAUAUCCAUGUAUGUUAGCCUCUUAUACCAUAACGAAGAGCCAUAAAAGAUUUCUAUAUGCAGACUCUAAUCCUC